UCUCUCUCACAGACACGCACGCACACACACGCACAGACAAUGAACGCAACUAGUUGACGACCCCCUCCAUCGUGUGACAUCUACCCAGCGUGUCCUUUGCCUCCACCUUCUUUAGAAGGGAGGAGACGCGUCUUGUUUUGGUCAAGUUUACGCAUGCAGGAGCGAGCAGCCGUUCCGCCACGUCAAUCUCCACGCCGUGAGAUGCAAUGUGGAGCACCAUGCGCGAUGGCAAGCCAAGCAGGACGCACACAAGAAGCUGCGCGCUCCGUACGCGCGUUUGCUCGGGACGUGCGUGCGUAAAAAGGACUUCUCUGCUACCAGGGGAUUCCCCGAUUGGUCGAUUUGGUGGCUGGAGCAUCCAGGAAGGCAGACUCUAUCCCUCGAAAACAUGAAGAAGACCAAGGAACAAGUAUGGAGAAAGCCUUGCCUGGAUCCUGUUGUGGCGAUAGCGGCCUGACAAGCCCACCUGUGUAUCUGUCAUCAACAUCUUACCGCACGCCGCCUCGUCUUAUUGAAGUGGAGCCCAUUAAAGUGGUUGAUAGAUUCAAAGGUUCGGCGCCGAGGUGUUCUUGCCGGCCGACUGCAGCUUGGAGAUGAGAUAAGAGGAGUGGAAAGAAGAGCAACAAAAGUGGGCAUCUGACAGAAGCUGAAUACAAAUGACGAUCCACGGCUCCUGUAAGCGGGCCCCAAUCGAUAUUACAAAACUGAAAUGGACAAAUAAGCCGGCUUCAAUUACAGGACCAUUAGCUCGGGACACGAAAUGAUGGGAUUAGAUGGUAGCUUCGGGUUGAUAUGAAAAACGGGGCUCGGGGGAUUGAACCCUGCACUUACGAGCGCAUCUGUAAUGAGGAUCUUCUGAAGCUGUUCUCAACCAAGAUGGAGGUGUACAACAGCUCACUGGACUACUUCAUCGGCAACGUCACGGAGAUUCCCGAUCCGACCACCGAGUCCCCCUACUGGAGCGACGCCUCCAUUUUGGGCUUUCAGAUCUCCCUGUCCGUGCUCCUGGGGGUGGUGACUUUCGCCACGGUGCUGUCCAACGCCUUCGUCAUCGCCACCAUCUUCCUAACCAGGAAGCUGCACACGCCCGCUAACUUCCUGAUCGGCUCGCUGGCCGUCACCGACCUCCUGGUGUCCAUCCUGGUGAUGCCCAUCAGCAUCGUGUACACGGUGAGCAAAACCUGGUCGCUGGGGCAGAUCCUGUGUGAUAUCUGGCUGUCGUCCGACAUCACUUUCUGCACGGCGUCCAUCCUCCACCUGUGCGUCAUCGCCCUGGACCGCUACUGGGCGAUCACGGACGCGCUGGAGUACUCCAAACGCCGCACCACGCGCCGAGCUGGUAUCAUGGUCGCAGUAGUGUGGGUGAUCUCCAUCUCAAUUUCCAUGCCUCCGCUCUUCUGGCGGCAGGCCAAAGCCCACGAGGAGCUGACGGAAUGCUUGGUGAAUACAGAUCAGAUCUCGUACACCAUCUACUCCACCUUCGGGGCAUUCUACGUUCCCACGGUGCUUCUCGUCAUCCUCUACGGGCGGAUUUACGUGGCGGCGCGCUCUCGUAUCUUUAAGAUGCCGACGGCGUCCGGGAAGCGCUUCACCACGGCGCAGCUCAUCCAGACCUCGGCGGGCUCGUCCCUGUGUUCGCUCAAUUCCUCGUCCAACCAGGAAGGCCAUCUCCAGGAAGGGCACGUCCACUCAGGAACGGGGAGCUCGCCUCUCUUUGUGAACAGCGUGAAGGUCAAGCUGGCCGACAGCGUGUUGGAAAGGAAGCGGCUGUGCGCAGCUCGCGAGAGGAAAGCCACCAAGACGCUGGGCAUUAUCCUGGGCGCUUUCAUCGUCUGCUGGCUGCCCUUCUUCGUGGGCACGCUGGUUUUUGCCAUUUGCAAAGACUGCUGGUUUCACCCGGUACUCUUUGACGUCUUCACCUGGCUGGGAUAUCUCAACUCGCUCAUCAACCCGGUAAUCUACACAGUGUUCAAUGACGAGUUCAAGCAGGCCUUCCAGAAACUCAUCAAGUUCAGGCGCUUCACCUGAAGACCACGGAAAUAGUACAACUAAGUAGAAUUAAUGUAAAUUUAACAUCUUGUGAACAUUUGAACAUAUAGUGGAUGUUUUUUAUUUUUUACACCCCAAUUGAUCAGUGCCAUACCACGCCGGAUAUCGACAAAAGACUUGCAUGCGGAAACGUAAUAAUUAUUGCAUUCAUCUAGAAAACAUGAGGAAGAUGGAAUCACUGGCCACAACAUUAGGUACACCUAAUCUCUUGCAGUGUGAGGCACAGCGGCUAGCAAGUGUACCUUAUAAAAUGGCCAGUGAGCAGUGAACAAUCCAGCUUUGGGUAAAGCCAUCAAAUGUAUCCGUCUUCGUGUUGUACUGUACGCUGCUGCUCAUGUAUGUUUUUCCUGUGGUGCAGUAAAAUACUUUCCCCUAAAAGGUUCAGUAAAUUGCUCUCCAUAUAUGCUCUUGUGCGCACUUGAAAGUGUUUGUGUGCGUCUGAGUGUAUACGAGGCGGCGGCUUGAUUGAAAUGUAUGCGUUGUCAGCGCACCGGGAGCAGCGUGGAGUGUUUGACAUUUGUUUAAGAGCAGGCUUGCCUUGUUAUUAUGUCGACUGAAAGGAGAAAUGGCAUUAACCAAUAAAAGGCAUUACUGU